CCCGCUCUCCCCCUCUCCGGUUCUCUCGCUGAGCUCCCCAGUAUCCCUCUGCGCGCCGCCUGGAGAGCGAAGGCACAGGGCCGAGGCGCGCAGCAUGGAGUGGGGUUACCUGUUGGAAGUGACCUCGCUGCUGGCCGCCUUGGCGCUGCUGCAGCGCUCGAGCGGCGCGGCGGCCGCCUCAGCCAAGGAACUGGCGUGCCAGGAGAUCACCGUGCCACUGUGCAAGGGCAUCGGCUACAACUACACCUACAUGCCCAACCAGUUCAACCACGACACGCAGGACGAGGCGGGCCUGGAGGUGCACCAGUUCUGGCCGCUGGUGGAGAUCCAGUGUUCGCCUGACCUCAAGUUCUUCCUGUGCAGCAUGUACACGCCCAUCUGCCUGGAGGACUACAAGAAGCCGCUGCCGCCCUGCCGCUCGGUGUGCGAGCGCGCCAAGGCCGGCUGCGCGCCGCUCAUGCGCCAGUAUGGCUUUGCCUGGCCCGACCGCAUGCGCUGCGACCGGCUGCCGGAGCAGGGCAACCCCGACACGCUGUGCAUGGACUACAACCGCACCGACCUCAUUGCGGGCGCGGCGAGCACAGGAGCAAGCGGACAAGAAGGGCGGCGCAAGUACGAGGAGCUGGGAGCCGUGGAGCAGCACGUGCGCUACGAGACCACGGGCCCGGCGCUGUGCACCGUGGUCUUCCUGCUUGUCUACUUUUUCGGCAUGGCCAGCUCCAUCUGGUGGGUGAUCCUGUCGCUCACGUGGUUCCUGGCGGCCGGCAUGAAGUGGGGCAACGAGGCCAUCGCUGGCUACUCGCAGUACUUCCACUUGGCUGCGUGGCUCGUGCCCAGCGUCAAGUCCAUCGCAGUGCUGGCGCUCAGCUCGGUGGAUGGCGACCCGGUGGCAGGUAUUUGCUACGUGGGCAACCAGAGCCUUGACAACCUACGCGGCUUCGUGCUGGCCCCGCUGGUCAUCUACCUCUUCAUCGGCACCAUGUUCCUGCUGGCCGGCUUCGUGUCGCUCUUCCGCAUCCGCUCGGUCAUCAAGCAGCAGGGCGGCCCCACCAAGACGCACAAACUGGAAAAGCUCAUGAUCCGCCUGGGCCUCUUCACCGUGCUCUACACGGUGCCCGCCGCUGUGGUGGUCGCCUGCCUCUUCUAUGAGCAGCACAACCGCCCGCGCUGGGAGGCCACGCACAACUGCCCUUGCCUGCGGGACCUGCAGCCCGACCAGGCGCGCAGGCCCGACUACGCCGUCUUCAUGCUCAAGUACUUCAUGUGCCUCGUGGUGGGCAUCACCUCUGGGGUGUGGGUCUGGUCCGGCAAGACGCUCGAGUCUUGGCGCUCCCUGUGCACCCGCUGCUGCUGGGCCAGCAAGGGCGCCGCGGUGGGCGGGGGCGCCGGCGCCACGGCUGCGGGGGGCGGUGGCGGGCCGGGGGGCGGUGGCAGCUCGGGCCCUGGAGGGGGCGGGGGUCCGGGGGGCGGUGGCGGGGGCUCCCUCUACAGCGACGUCAGCACCGGCCUGACGUGGCGGUCUGGCACGGCCAGCUCUGUGUCUUAUCCAAAGCAGAUGCCAUUGUCCCAGGUCUGAGCGGGAGGGGAGGAGGCGCCCAGAAGAGUUGGGGAGGGGGGCGGGGAGACAAGUGCAGCGAAGGGACCCUUGACGAGCUGAGGUUCCCACCCCUUCACAGUGUUGAUUGCUAUUAGCAUGAUAAUGAACUCUUAAUGGUAUCCAUUAGCUGGGACUUAAAUGACUCGCUUAGAACAAAGUACCUGGCAUAGAAGCCUCCCAGACCCAGCCCCUUCCCUCCCUAGAAGUUCGGGGAGCUCCUCGCGCCAGGCGUUAAUUUCUGUUGGCUUAGGAGGGUGGACUCUGCGUUUCCAGAACCCGAGGUUUGGAGCUCUCGCUGGUUGCCCUUGGCUGAGCGUGCAGCCAGAUUCACGUAUUUCACCUGACUCGCCUACGUAAACUCUUACUCCUAACACACCCUGGAGGAGGGGUGACGGCGACCUGAUGGGAUUGCAUGGUUUGGGUAUUCUUAAUGACCAGGCAAAUGCCUUAAAUAAACAAACAAGAAAUGUCUUAAUUAUACACCCCAAGUAAAUACGGGUUUCUUACAUUAGAGGAUGUAUUUAUAUAAUUAUUUGUUAAAUUGUAAAAAUGUGUAAAAUAUGUAUAUAUCCAAAGAUAUACAAUGUGUACAUUUUUUUGUAAAAAGUUUAGAGGCUACCCCCUGUAAGAACAGAUAUAAGUAUUCUAUUUUGUCAAUAAAAUGACUUUUGAUAAAUGAUUUAAA